UAGGUAUAACAUCAUCAUCUAAUCUAACACACACCCAACAUUAUUCCUCAUCUUCUCUUCCAUUGCUUAAACAAUACAAAAGACGAAUAAAUUAGAAAUAUUAAUUAUCCAUUAAACCCUAAAAAUUAUUUUAUCUCACAAAUCUAGCAAGGCAAAUAAAACCCUCCAAAACAAAUUACAACAUGCUCUUUAUCAAAUCUCAUUCAUUAUUGCUUCAUACACCAAUAAUAAUAUUAAUAAUAUUAUUAUCUUCAACCCUAAUUCCACUUUCUAAUGGAGAUUCUAUGUUUCAUGAUCAGCUAUUACCAAUACAAAACAAAUUACAUCCUCAAGGGAUUCAAAGAAUGGAAAGAUCGGUCAUUGAGGAAAAUAAUGUGACAGUGAAGAACUCGUCAACUUUGAUAUUAGCAGCAGAAAAGACACACAGGAGAGACCCUUUUAAUAAUUAUAGUUACUACACAGGUGGAUGGGAUUACAGAAGUUUGCAUUACUGGGCUUCGGUUACAUUCUCGGCUGCUCCUUUGUUCAUCACGGCUGUGGUAUGGUUCGUAGUAUUAGGGGUGAGCCUGUGCUGUGCAUGCCUAUGCUGCUGCUGCUGCAGAAGUAAAAAGAGUGUUGGAUAUUCUCAGUUAGCUUAUGCACUUUCACUAUUCUUUCUCAUACUUUCUACUGCUGCAGUCAUAAUUGGAUGUAUUGUUCUAUACAUAAACCAGGACAAGUUCAGCAAAAGUGUAGCAUAUGUGUUGGAAUUCAUUCUGAAGAAAGGCAUUUCGAUUUUCGAAUCAUUUAUGAGUAUAGUGACUGCAUUUGGUUCAGCUGCCAAAGUUUCUGUCAAUCAAGUCCCUCUCCCUCCUGAUCUGCAGAAUCAUAUCAAUUCUGUUAAUCAAAUGAUUCAGUCCACAGCUAAUGUUCCUCAGCUUCAAUCAAUUGCCAACGCCAAAACUAUUCAACGAGUUUUAGUCCCUGCGAGCCUGGCUCUUAACAUAGUUGCUGCCAUUAUGCUCAUCUUGGCACUGUUUGGUUUAUUAUGUGCAAUUUGCGGCUUCCAAUGCUGUAUUUAUGUAUUGGCAGUCUUAGGGUGGAUCCUUGUCACAAUGGCAUUUAUUUUAUGUGGAAUAUUUCUCAUUUUCCACAAUGCGGUGGCAGAUACAUGUGUGGCAAUGGAUGAUUGGCUUCAAAAUCCGACAGCAGAUUCACCGCUGAGUCUUCAGUUUCUUCCUUGUAUGGACAAGAAAACUGCAGAAGAAACCUUGGCAACUACCAAAGAGACCAGCUCUUAUAUGAUUAACUCCAUUAACACCUACAUCUCUGAGGUAGCCAACAAAGACUUAUUGUCUGCUACGGGACCUUUAAAUCAUAAGCUAUCCGGUCCGUUAGUUCCUCUUCUUUGUAACCCCUUCAAUUCUGAUUUGACAGACAGGAAAUGUGUUCCUGCAGAAGUGAACUUCACAGACGCGGAUCAGGAAUGGAAAAAAAACACCUGUGAAGUUUCAGGAGUUGGUAUUUGCAUUACUCCAGGACGCCUGACACCGGCCACAUACGCUCAGAUGACAGCUUCUGCAAAUGUCAGCUACACAUUGUAUAGCUCUGGAAAAUUUCUAGUUGAGCUACUGGAUUGCUCUUUUGUUCUAAACACAUUCAAGGAGAUCAGUGACACUUACUGUCCAAGCCUCAGGCGGUAUAGUUUCUGGACAUAUGUUGGGUUGGUUAUCAUUGCAGCUUCGGUUAUGUGUUCUUUGAUCUUCUGGUUGUGUUAUGGAAGAGAAAGACAACACAGGAAAACUACCAAUAAGUACAAAGCUAGAGAAGAUUUCAAUCCAUUUGCAGGUAUUAGGGCCUGAUGGUGAGUCCGUAAUUUAUCCCCUGUCAGGCUAUGUUGCACGGAAACAGAAAUAGCGAAACAAGAAACGUUAAAUGGAAAAUGGUAAACUUUCAAAAUGUCGGAAGUAUUUUUGUAAACGCCGAAAUAUAGGACUCGAUGAGUUACCCUGUAAUAUUUUGUCGGGUUGUUGUCAGGAUAUAUGUCAGGACAUGCAAAAGCAUCUUCUCUUUGCCGUUUUCUUUCUAGUCUGUGACUGAAGAUAUUGAUUAGAAAAAGUUGCUGAAGAGAGACCAGCAUUUUGAUGAAAUUUAAAGAAAACAAGAUGUCGUUA